AUGGAAACUUGUAAAGAAUUUAUCCAAAACAAAAAAUUAAAAAUUAAUAUAAACGAGAUUUUGGAUAAUAUUAAUUAUGGAGAAUGGUUAGACAAGUCUGAAAAAUUGCAAAAUCUAACAAAACGAAUGUUAGAAUCAAUGCUUAAGUUCAAAAAUGAUAAAAUUAAGGCUAAGAACAAUAAAAUUAUGGUUAAAAAUCUUGAACUUAAAACUAGAGUUAUAAAAUUAGAAAAUAAGGCCGCUCAAAUUCAAAGCUUUAUUUAA